AUCUGCCAGGCUGCACAGCACAGGCCGUAGCCAAACCACAUUAGCCGAACAUCUCGCGUCAGUCGCUUGAGCCUCUCCAGACUUUGGCGAGAUCUAAAUCGCGAUUUGCGAGCUCCGACGUGGGUCUUUAGGCAGCUCAUCCAUCGAUCAAGAUCUUCUCCAAUCUUUUUAUUUGAUUACACGAUUUGCUUUCGAUUGCUCUUAUUGAUAAUAAAAAAGGCUUAACUUGCACCAAUCAUGGCGGACGACAUCGUAAAACGGGACGAUGAGCAGCUUGAUACUCACGAUGAAGAGGGAAAUGAGGAGGAAGAGAUCCUCGUUAUGAAGAAGCGAGUUGCUGAGAUGGAGGCGGAAGCUGCCAAGCUGCGCGAGAUGCAAGACUCAUUAGACGAGCAGACCAAAGAUUUGCGGGAAGACAAGGAGGAUAUCGAUGCACGAAGUAUCUUUGUGGGAAAUGUCGACUAUGGCGCUUCGCCAGAGGAAAUUCAAGCACACUUUCAGAGCUGCGGAUCGAUAAAUCGAGUGACAAUCUUGUUGGAUAAAUUCACCGGUCAUCCUAAAGGGUAUGCGUACGUGGAGUUCAGCGAGCCUAGCCUGGUUGCGCAGGCCCUUGUGCUCAACGAGAGUGUAUUCCGUGGCAGAAGCCUCAAGGUUGUUCCAAAGCGCACAAACGUUCCGGGAAUGGCCGGCCGCGGUCGUGGUCGUGGCGGUUUCCGUGGUCGUGGGAGCUUCCGAGGCGGCCCUCCUCGGGGCGGCUACCGUGGCGGUUAUCGGGGACGAGGACGCGGAUAUGCGCCGUACUGAGAACGACACUUCCUUUGAUUAGGCUCCUGGAAGGAAGAAUCAUAUGCCCUUGGUGGCCAGAUUUUACGUUGUAGGGCUUCCUAUCACGAUCGGCAUUUGGUAGCCAAUUACUUGAUUUCCAUUGUACAUUAUAUGGUUUGGUUUUAGGGGGAAUACAAGCUUCGACACAGAAAGAGUGCGAUGAAGUUAAUGACACAGUUGCAACAAUGAAAAGUAAUUUCUUCAAAGGAUGGAAAUAAAUGUUCCUAGAGUCUGCAUAGUGAAAUCGAAGAAUGUUAAGCUGCU